UGUGCGAUUGGAUCGAGAGAAUAGGAAGCAAAGUGGAGCGAGGGUUUGGGCGGCAAAUCAGCCGAGCGAGAGGAACAAGAUUCCUUCGUUCGACGUGCGACGACGACGACGAUCCAUCCCCCUCUAUCUAUCUGGAUCUCCUGCUCCCGAGUCUCCCGCGCCUGCGCCUGCCACCCAAUCACCUCACCGCUCGCUCCCACACUCUUCGCCUCAUCCUCCUCACCUAUAUAUACCCCCCUCAGCUCAUGCGCCUCCAUUGCCCCGCGCCUCCCUCCUCCUCCUCCUCGAUCGGAUUCGGUAGCCUGCGACAACCGUGCUGCGCUGCGGUUGCGGUUGCAUGCGCCCGCGUUCAUCUCUCCUCCCUGUCUUCUUCUUUGAUCGGGGAUAGGUUGCCUGCGAUCGUCAAGAACCGGCCGAGGCGUGUGAUGCGCGGUUGAUUUGGUGCGGAGAUAUGGUGCAGGAGCACGGCGGGAGUAAUCACCUGCAGCUGCAGCAGCAGCUGGCGAAGUACGGCGGCGGCGGCGGCAGUAUGGCGGGCACCGGCGUCGCGCGGGCGUCGAGAAAGAACAAGCCGAAAAAGAUUCCGCAGCGCGGUCUCGGCGUGGCGCAACUGGAGAAACUCCGGAUCGAGGAGCAGAAGAAGAUAGAGGGUGGAGGAGGAGGCACUGUGUUGUCCUCCCACGCGCUCGGCGGUGAUGGCAGCCUCGUCCAUCACCUCCCUCCGCCGCCGCCGACUCUCGCGUUCAGCGCCCUGCAGUCGAGGUCGGCGGUGGACGGUGGCUUCUCGCCGGCGCUCUGGAGUCCAGUGGAUCCCAUCAAACAUGCGUACAAGAGGAGCACAUGCCCGCAGCCUCCAUCCCCAAUGGUGAGCACGGGCCUGUCGCUGACGGCGUCGUCGCGCCACCCAACGGAGCCCCCUUCAAACCAAAUGUACAGAAGCAGCAGCAGCAGGAGCAGCGUCACGGCAGCGGCGGCGUCGGCGGCGGCAGAGGAGGAGAGGGAGACGGCCGGCGUGGAUAGGUCCUGGCCGUUCAUGUUCGAGGGCAUGGCCGCCUUCAGGACGACGAGCAGAGCCCCUCCUCCGGUGGUGCCUUUCUCCACGAGGACGACGACCGGCGAGCUGGUCGGGUUGGCCGAUGUUUGUUCUGACCUGAGUAGAUACGAGUUGAGAGCAUCAAAUUAUUUCAGUGCCAAUGCAAAUUAUUCAGACUGGACAACUGACUUUGCUCAUUGCAUAAGCAGCAAGGAGAACGGCCGUGCCAGAGAACCUGCCUUUCUCACCUUGAGUUCACAGCCUCCACACCUCAUCAAGCAGCCUCAUGUGAUGCCAUCGUAUAACGACUUCAGUGCCAUGGCAUCUCAGGGAAACGACAUUCCGUCAUCGUCGUCGUCGCAGCCAUUCUACAGCUUCCUUCCAGUCGGUCCGGUUCGCUGCGAAAGAACCUUGAGCGAGUGCAAGGUCGACGUAUCCGAAGGCAUCGACUUAGAGCUGAAGCUAGGAAAUUGCUGAACUGAACUUAUCCUGUUGCUUUCUCAAAAAAAAAAAAAAAAUCUGCAAUGAGCUUUACCCAGUUAUCCUGUCAUGUGGAAAAAACUAGGAACUUGUUUAGUCAGUAAGAUCAGAUGUAUCAUCAGUUGCUUUUAGAAGAUGUUUUCACUUCCAAUAAACAUCUGCUGAUGGUUAAAUUGUCACCCAUUUCAUUUCUAGCACAGCAGAGAGUAUGGCAUAAUAGAAAAAAUGAAGCAUUUAUAUUUACACAUGGGUCCAGAUAAGAUCGUGCCAAAUGUAGUAGAAACUCAACAGAAAAGGGUGUCAGAUGAAUACAUCAUGUAGUGUUGAUGCA